AUGUUACUCUUCUGCCCUCAUUGCGCAAAUAUCCUCACCGUCUCCCUCACAAAUACACGAACCAACCGACUCGAAUGCCGAACUUGCCCUUUCGAACAUCACAUCACCGAGCCUGUCUUUUCGCGACGGAUGUAUGAGCGUGUCGAGAAGGAGGAUGUCUUCGGCGGUCCUGGCGCCUGGGACAAUGCGCAAAAGGGUCGUGUUCAGUGCCCUAACGAGGGAUGCGAGGGAGAUGAGGCAGCAUUCUUCCAGGUUCAGAUUCGCAGUGCUGAUGAGCCCAUGACGAGUUUUUACAAGUGCAUGACCUGUGGUCACCGGUGGAGAGAGAACUGA